UGGAACAGGAAUGGUAGCAUUGUCGUAGUAAGCCCAUCUCGAUUUUUGAGCGUGUCCGAGUUUCAUGAAGACGCACCUGAGGUUGCUGUGAAGUCGAUCAGGAGUCAAGCACUAGAUGAAGAGGACGCGAAGAAAAAAAAGGCUUCGCCGUGAACUCAAAGUUUGGUCGAGAAUAAGACACGACAACAUCGUCCCACUGUAUGGAACUGUAUCAGGCUUUGGUCAAUUGAUUGCCCUGGUUUGCCCCUGGUAUGACAAUGGAUCACUUUCAAGUUAUCUGGAAUCCCAUGGCGAAAAUUUGUCCAUAAUCAAUCGUUUCCAACUGCUCAGCGAUGUUUCUGCGGGUCUUCACUACCUUCACUCGUGUUCUGUUGUACACGGCGAUCUUACUGGGUCCAAUGUCCUCAUCUCAUCCAAUGGGAGGGCCCGUCUAUCCGACUUUGGUCUCUCCGUUAUAGCUGUGGAGUUCGUGGGCACGUCUUAUUUCACGUCUGCCUUGAGUGGUACUGUGCGAUGGAUAGCACCCGAACUUCUCGCAAUUCCCGACGAGGAAGGCACAACCAUGAUCCCGACAUCAAACAGCGAUAUAUAUUCGUUUGGGUGUAUAUUUUUCCAGGUAUUGACGGGAAAACCACCCUACUCCGAGUUCAGGCGAGACGCACAAGUUGUGGUCGCAAUUUCUCUCGGAACAAAACCGUCGCGUCCUGAGUUUCCCACCAUCAUUGAUCACCAUUGGAGUUUUAUUCUGAAUUGCUGGUCCACCAAGGACUGCAGACCAUCGUCGCAGCGGGUAGAUGAAUACAUCAAAGGCCAGCUCUGCCUCUCACAGCGUGACACAUCAUUUCCUAAUUAAUCUCUUGAGGCUGGCUUACCAUUAUGUUUGUCUGUACACACUUGACUU